AUUGACCAUGGACCGACUCGAUUAUAAAUUAGAAAUAUCGCAAUAAAGCUUGUGGAUCAGUACAAAGUAUAAAUUAGGAGGUUUUCGCUGGUUGCGAUAUACUUCAUUUUCAUUGUGUACGGAUCUCUCUGAAAAUUGGGUUUCUCAGUACAAACCAGUUGAAAGUAGGGAUGGUACCCACGUGGUGCCGAAAGCCGGUGGAUGAGUGGGUCCAUGGAUUGCGAUAGGUGGCCGUGAUACCAUGGUAGAUGACCGGUAACGGAGAUCAAACCGGCGUUAAACUUCCCGUUUGGUGCUUGUAAAAUGAAAUGUAUGGCGUGUCUAGGGAAUGGAAAGCUAUGACUCGGUCAAAAUCAUACUUUUCUUCAGCUCUCAGUCUUCUGAGGUUGGACCAUAUAUAUAUAUUAUUUAUUUGCAACAGUUGAACACGCCAAGUCGUCAUCGUAGCGAAGAAAAGGUCGAGUGUUGCUGACUCAGCAAGGCAUCUUUCUUAAUAUCAACUCAAAAUUCAAAAGCCCUUGCUUUUGGAACAAAUAACUGCAUUGUACCCGAACUGCUAGUACAAACAAUGCAGGGGUAUUUCUGGAAAAAAAACAGUAACUGUUGAGUCAGCUUAUUACUAAAUCCAAAAGAAGGGAGAAACUGUCUCGUCCUCUGUAAGCCAUCUACACAUAUAUCUAUCAGAGCGAUUCUUCGUCUCGUUCAUCUUGCUCACUCUCUCUCUGUUUCUCCCCCCUCCUCUCUGUCUCUCAACUCUCAAGCAUGCGUCCAACAGAAUACCAGGGUUCCUCCGUACCGUUGGCCUUUUUAGGACGGUCGAUCCUCAGCAUCCGUCGGAACCAAGUGAUAUCCAUGGAAGGCACUCAAGAACAAGAGCUUGAAGACCUCGAAAUCUUUCAGAAUCACAUCGUCGAUCGCUUCCUCGAUCUUUCACUCCAACGUUCAUCCUCUGAUGCCUCUGACCAUGUCGAUGAUCUCUCCAUCGCAUGGGUGCGAAAGCUCCUCGAUUCCUUCCUCUGUUGCGAAUCGGAAUUCAAGGCCUUAUUCUUCCUUGAUCGCGACCCUUCUCACGCCGCCAAGCCACCGCUAGAUCGUUUUAUCCCGGAAUUGCUCGAUCGCAUGGUUAAAGCGCUUGAUGUAUGCAACGCAGUCACACACGGCAUUGACUCGGUCCGUCACUGCCAAAAGUUAGCUGAGAUCGCCGUGUCGGCUCUUAAGCAAAAGCCAGUGGGAGAAGGCCAGGUUCGUCGCGCUAGGAAGGCCUUGAGUGCUCUUGUCACGUCGAUGACGGUCGACGAUAGAGAGGGUUCUUCCCAUAACAGGUCGACGGAGCGGGUUUGGUCCUUUGGACGGAAAGGCAGUGGCUCGGCCUCAGCCAAGGAUCGGAGUCAUGGGUAUUUCCGGUCGCUGUCUGGUAGUGUGUCGAAGACGUGGUCAGCAGCAAAGCAAAUUCAGGCAAUGUCUGCCAAUCUAAUGAUGCCACGUGGAUGGGAAUCUACUGGGCAGGCCAUGUCCGUUUACAUCAUGAGUACGGUGUUGGUGGUUGUGAUGUGGACUCUUGUGGCGGCAAUUCCGUGCCAGGACAGAGCUGGGCUUCUAACCCAUUUUGCGUUCCUCCGGCAAUUGGGCUGGGCCAGCCCCAUAACUGGGCUACAGGAGCGAAUUGCGGAGGAGUGGAAGAAGAAGGAGAAGAAAGGAUCAGCGGGGUUGCUGGAUGAGAUGCAAAGGUUAGAGAGGUGCAGCCAGAGGCUGAUUGAAUUGGCGGAUUCGGUUCAGUUCCCGGUAGAAGCGGAGCAGAUGGAAGAGAUUAGGUUGCAGGUAGCUGAAUUGGCAGAGGUAUGCCAGAAGAUGGAAGAAGGGUUGCUUCCUUUGCAGCAUCAAAUAAGAGAAGUCUUCCACCGGAUUGCAAAAAGCAGGGCACAGGUGGUGGAUGUCUUGGAUCAAGCCGCUAAAUUAUCUACAGCAGCUUCUUAACAAUGUGUUUGAAUAUUUUCGUGUGAAGACGGUGACAACUUCACUUGUAGGUACAGACGCAGGGUUUGGGGGUACCAACUUCUCCCCACUCACAACAUAUAUCAUACAACCAUGGCUUUCAGGCUUUGAUUAGUCUUCUACAGGAACCAGCCCCACUUGUUUAAAUCGGGUGCUGGAACUAACAUAUUAUUAUUAAUCAUUGCCUAUCAUUUUUGGAUCUAAGGAUCAGCUUGUUUUCGGUUUGUAUUUCAAUUUUUAAUGUGUAAAUGUAUCCAAGUGUAAAUUCUGGUUUGGUUCUG